AUGGAGGGUAUUGAGAAGGCUAUUUUCAAAGCUAUGAAGUAUCGGAAGUUCAAUUCUUUGAUUACCGAGACUUUCGAUCUGGCUUGUAUCCAGGCAAAGGAGGCAUUGAAAAAAGGGAAAACUCCUUUUCCUGUGGUUGUCAAAGAUUGCUAUAUGACAGGGAAAGUCCGAACAACGUGCGCAUCACGGAAUCUAUCAAAUUUCAUUGCGCCGUAUACUGCCACCAUUGUCAGCAGAUUAUUUGAAGAAGGUGGCUGCUUGAUUGGCAAAGCUAAUAUGGAUGAGUUUUGCAUGGGAACCUCAAGUUCAAAAGGUCAUUUUGGACCUGUGAAAAACGGAUUAAGUGAUGAAGCGAGUCUUGAAAUUGACUGGCGAAGUCCUGGUGGGUCUUCUGGCGGUUGUGGUGUAGCUGUGCAAUUGGGCGUUUCAUCAGUAAGUUUGGGGUCGGACACUGGUGGUUCAUCACGGAACCCAGCAGCAUUCACUGGACUUUUUGGUUUCAAACCUUCCUAUGGAAUUUUAUCAAGACAUGGGCUCAUCCCUUUGGUUAAUUCACUUGAUUGUCCGUCAAUAAUUGCUAGGACUGCUAGGGAUUGCAACUUCUUACUUCAGGUGAUGAGCGGUCGCGAUGCAUUCGAUUCGACCUGCAUUGAUGCACCGUCAUCAUGUUUUAUGCAGGGAAGACCAGUUAGAGGAGUAAUUGUCGGCAUUCCCAAGGAGUAUUACAAUGAAACAUUAUCAAAUGAGUGCUGGAAAGGGUGGAAUGAAGCGGCAAAAGCUCUAGCUGUGUUGGGUUGCAAGAUCAAAGAAGUGAGUAUGCCAUCCACACCUUACUCCAUAAUUUGUUAUCAUGUACUUGCCGAUGCGGAUAUCACAUCAAACAUGGCAAGAUACGAUGGAAUCAAAUACGGCCACAGGUCAGAUUGCGAUAGGUCAACUUUUAUGCUGUAUUCCGCUACACGAAAUGAAUCUCUCAAUGAAGUUGUUCGUAAGAGAAUAUUCGCAGGGAACUAUUUCUUAAUGAAGUGCCAUUACGAUGAAUAUUUUGGACAAGCCCUUCGUAUCCGACGCCUGAUCAAAAUGGAUUUCGACCGCGUCUUUCGGAAGGAAGGCUGUGAUAUCCUGUUAACCCCAGUGACAAGCGGUAUACCACCACUGUUUUCCGAAAUUAGCGACAUCGAUGGUUACAAACGAGAACGUGAAGACGACUUUUACACACAACCCUGUAAUAUGGCAGGUGUUCCAGCAAUUUCAGUACCAUUCACGAAAACGGAGGAUGGAUUUCCAAUUGGUGUGCAGAUUAUUGCUGAUCAUUUGAAAGACGGCAUGGCAUUGGAUGUAGCGGAAAGGCUUAACGAAUAUUCUGAUGCUCAAACUGUAAAACAAACAUUUAUAGCUAAGUAG